UGUCAGGAGCAUCUGGGCGUCACGUAUCUGACCGUGAGUGAAGAUCAGUGUCCACGCAUGCUGAUUCACAACCGCAGCCCCAAGAGCCUCUUACUGAAGGAGAACAGCAGGGAGUCUGUGAGGUCGGAGGUGUUCAGCCGGGUGGUUCCUGCUCUCUCGUCUGUCCAUCAUGAGUUGUUUCAUCAAGCCUCCAGUUUCCCUGAGUGCCGACAGAAAGAGACACUGCCCACCCUGCAGCUGCGCAUCAUCACGGACACGCCCCCCGGUGACUCGGCCACGCCCACCAGCCACACAGACACGCCCCCCUCACCCGGCUGGACUGAUGCCAUUGAUAUCAGCAGUGCUGGAACACAGGUUGUUUUUCUUCCUGGUUUCGGCUGUUUGUACAUCGACGUUCUUCACCAGAGUGGCACCGUCACGCUGACGCUCGCAUCAGAGAGCAGCGAGGGAGAGGUCGUCACGAGCCACAGGUCAUCCGAUCAGAUUCUGUCCUUCUGGAUUCUGUUGAACGAGGCGAGUGUGGCGCUCUGUGAUGACAUCACCAGCCCGUCCAGUUCUGUGGAGCUGCUGCGUCUCACCGUCUCCAAACUGCUGCUCCAGCUGCCUCCCAGCGAACCCUCGGCCGACGGCACCGACGCACCGCCCGUCCACACCGUCCAGAUCCACUGCGGCAGCCUGCAGGUGGACAACCAGCUGUACGAGCGCGCCAGCUUCCACUUCCCCGUCAUCUUGAGCCAGGAGCCUCAGGGCGAGCCCGACCUCGCUCCGACCCCGCAGCACCUUCAGCAGUUCUGCGACGCCUGCUUCCUGUCCCUGAGCGUCACCGUCUCCGCCGACGGACGUCUGGACCGCCUCGCCCUCCGGGUCAGACCGGCGCGCGUCUAUCUGGAAGACACCUUCAUCUACUACAUGAAGACGCUCUUCCACACCUACAUCCCAGAAUCCCUGAGUGGGCGUGGCUGUGGUGGAGGGGCGGAGCUGGUUCCGCGGGAGGUGCUGGAGUCGAGCAGUGCUCUGGUGACGCCGGUGCUGCUGCAGAAGCUGUCCAUCGAGCCGGUUCAUCUGCUGGUGAGCAUCCACGCCUCGCUCAAGCUCUACAUCGCCUCUGACCACACGCCACUGUCCUUCUCUCUGUUCGAGCGCAGCCCCAUCUGCACCACACCCAGACAACUGGUGCACACACUCGCCAUGCACUACGCCGCCGGAGCACUCUUCAGAGCAGGUUGGGUCGUGGGCUCUCUGGAGAUUCUGGGCAGUCCGGCCAGUCUGGUGCGGAGUAUCGGGAACGGUGUGUCGGAUUUCUUCCGCUUGCCAUACGAGGGUUUGACUCGUGGGCCGGGAGCGUUUAUCAGCGGCGUCUCUAGAGGAACAAACUCCUUCAUCAAACACAUCUCUAAAGGAACGCUGACGUCCAUCACGAAUCUGGCCACGAGUCUGGCGCGGAACAUGGACCGUCUGUCACUGGACGACGAGCACUACAUGAGACAAGAGGAGUGGAGGAGACAGUUACCUGAGACUCUGGGAGACGGACUGAGACAAGGCCUGUCGAGACUCGGCAUCAGCCUGCUGGGAGCGAUCGCAGGAAUCGUGGAUCAGCCCAUGCAGACGUUCACACGGACGCUGGAGUUACCGAACUCUGCGAGCAGCGCGGCCCGCGGCGUGAUCUCUGGAGUGGGGAAAGGCAUUGUGGGAGUUUUCACCAAGCCAAUCGGAGGAGCAGCUGAGCUGGUGUCACAGACAGGAUACGGUCUGCUGCACGGCGCAGGUCUCUGGCAGCUUCCCAAACAGCUGCACCUGCCGACUGACUCCAGAUCAGCUGACGCCUCUAACAGCCACGUCAAAUACGUCUGGAAGAUGCUGCAGUCUCUGGGCCGUCCCGAGCUGCACAUGGCUCUAGACGUGCGUAUGGUGAGCGGAUCGGGGCAGGAACACGCCGGCUGUCUGCUGCUGAGCGGAGAGGUUCUGUUCGUCGUCAGUGUGUGUGAAGACGCACAGCAGCAAGCCUUUCCCAUCACUGAGAUCCAGUGUGAACACGACACACACACACCUGGACGCAUCACACUCACACUGCAGCAGCACCGGAUCGCCAGUGACACUGAGGUGGAUGGGCCUCGUGAGCGUCUCUCUGAGCUGCAGUACAGUCGACUGAUGGAUUUUGUCACCGGAGCGUCUCAGUAUUUGUCUCCGUCUCUGUCGUCCCUCCAUCAGCAGCCUCCCAUCACUCCUGCCGAGCCGCAGCCCACCGUCUCUAAAACAUACCAGUAUCACGCCGACCCGGCCUUUACACACGUGUUCGUGUGCAAGUUCAACAUGGUGAAAAACAAAGCGCUGCGCAUCGGCUUCCACUGAAGUCCAGACUUCAUCUUCAUGUUUGUGUUAUUUAAAGAGUAAAACACUUUAUGAACAUCACUACAUCGGCCAGAGCUCGUCUCUGAUUGGCUGCUUCUGUAUGAAUAAGGUGAUGCUUUAAACCAAAAGGCCUUUCGUUUUGUAUUUUUAUAAGCAAUGCAAGAAAGAUGAUUUACUGUUUUUAUUUCAUUUGCUCCUGUAUUCUUGUCUAAUGAAAAAUAAGUGUCACUAUAUAAUGAAUCUGUUUUUUGUUAAUAAAAUCUAACUGUACAUCA